GGGAAGUAUGUGGGCAACAGGAAAUAUGUAGGCUAAAGUACCUUUUUCUUUUGACACAUACAUGCUGUUUUUUUCAUUUCAAAAUUUCUUUUCAUUUGGAUUUCGACGGUGGAAAUUAAAGUUUGGAUUUUUCUUUGAUUAUCUUGUGCUUUUUUGGUGGUUCAAAGGAUGGGGUUGUAUUUUCAAAUAAUAAAAAGAGUAAUGAUUGUUUUACGUGGAGGUUUCUGUCAUGUGUAAUUAUUAGUUGCGUUUUUUUCUUAAUAAAGGAUUACUAAUAUCAAAAAGCUUCAAAGAAUGUAUUUUUAUUUCUUGGUGAGAAGAUGAAAGUCCAAAAAUUGGUUUUUUAUUUCUGGGUAAGAAGUUGAAAGUCCAAAGACUGGAUUUUUCUGGGUAAAGAAGUUAAUAUUUUGAAAAUUGCAUUUUAUGUAUGAUGGGAAAUAAGAAGAGUAUGAAAAAGACAAAGGAGAUAUCUUCAAUGAGUGGGGAGUAUAAGCAGCAGCAGGGUCCAAGAAAGAGAGGUAGGCCAAGGAAAAUUAUUCCCAAAGUUGAAGGAGAUGAAGUGGUUAAUCAUAAAGAUGCAGAAGAAGAGGUUGUAGAGGGUGAAACUAAAAGGGCAAAAAACAGUGGUGGAGAAUCACAAGAUAAAGAGGAAAUAGGAGAAGGGGUUGUUGCUUCAUCUUCAUUAUUAUUACCAUCAUCACAAAAACAGCGGCCUAGGAGAAGAGCCAGAAGAAAAGGCAAGCCAAGAAAGAGCUGCUAAAAAUCAAAGGAAACCCUAUUUGCUUUUUUGUUUUGUUUUUCAUGGGUGACUACUAGUAAUCAGUAAUCACACCUAAAAAAUUAAGAUUAAUGGAACAUCGGCUCAAAAGACCAAUCAAAAUUAUCAGAGCCAAUCAAAGAAUUGGAUAUCAUGCUGACUCAGGUUGCUAUCCAUAUGAUGAUAGGGAUCCUUUCUUCAUUGAAUCAUGUCCCCAUGUUUAUUUCUUGGGCAAUCAAGAUGAGUAUGAUACUCGCUUGAUCAAAGGCUCAGAAGGGCAGGUGGUAAGACUCAUAUGCAUCCCUAGAUUUGCUGAGAUAGGAGUUGUUGUGGUGCGAUUCGCCAAUUCAGAACCAUUCUCAUCAGAUGAGAUUGAUGAAGAACGAACUCCUUGGGCAUCAUAUUUCUUAGAAAUGACGCAAUCCAUCAACGACACAUGAAGAACGUGUUUAUUUAAGUUUUUGAGUGAUGAUGAGACUUGUAACUUUAUACAAUGUCUUAUUACUUUAGAUUUGUGCAAGGAUUGUUAUGUAUUAAGUUGUUACUUGAACUUGUUUAACAUUUGUGGAAGAAUUGAAAAAUAGCUUGUGUUAUUGUUUUAGAUGGAU